AUGGUUUCUUCUACAGCUCAAGAAGAGUCUAACUUAUCAGAUACACAUGCAACUGAUCCUUCUCCUAUAACUCAAGAAGAGUCAAAGUCAGUAGAAACACCUGAGAUUGUUCCCUCUCCAAUAGCACAAGAGCCAGACAACGAUGUGCCGGCACCAGGAAACCAGUUUGCUGAGUUCGCAGCCGGAUGUUUCUGGGGACUAGAGCUUGCUUUCCAGAGAAUCCCUGGCAUAACCGUGACCGAGUCAGGGUACACUCAUGGAAUCUCACACAAUCCUACCUACGAGGUUGUCUGCACGAACAAAACGAACCAUGCAGAGGUUGUAAGGGUUCAGUAUGAUCCUAAUGAAUGCAGCUACGAGACACUGCUUGAUUUGUUCUGGUCUAGGCAUGAUCCCACCACCUUAAAUCGUCAGGGAGAGCUUGUGGGAGCUCAAUACCGAUCAGGGGUAUACUUCUACACAGCAGAGCAAGAGAAACUAGCACGUGAGUCUCUAGAGAAUCAGCAGAAAAAGCUUGAGAGUAAGAUUGUGACUGAGAUCUUGCCGGCAAAGAAGUUUUACAAAGCUGAAGAAUACCAUCAGCAUUACCUCGCUAAAGGUGGUAUGUAUGGCAAUGCACAGUCUCCUGCAAAGAGCUGCAAGGACCCUAUCCGCUGCUAUGGCUAA